GGUUGCCCCCCGAUGUGCGUCGCGUUGUCUGGGGCUGCAGGUUUUUGAGCUGAGGAGAGGACUCUUGGUUGCGGUGCGCACCCUCGUGGAGUGCGAUGCCUGGGCGACGGUCUUGGGCAGGACAGCUCAGGCACGGAUGGAGAGACAGCGCCAAUUGGACCUCACAUUCGAAGCCAGAUCAUUCCUUCGUCGAGACACUUACCUACCUCGCUAGUGCAGUCAUGGCGUUCAUUCGCCGGAAGGUGGCACACGAGUCGUUCGACAUUUGGAAUUGCGCUCAUAAAAACAAUUUUGGCGAGGCUAUAAAUGGCGCCCGAGAGGUCGGACUGCACUCUCAAGCAAAUGCGAUGGCACGCCAGGCAAAAGUUGCGGCAGACAAGGUUCCGUAUCAACCCACCAAGCAGACGAUGAACGUCAUCAGCUACAUUGCUGUGGCGAGCAUGUGCGAGAGUGGGCGGCAGUGGCAGGGAUUGGGGGUUGGCGCAUCAACCAGCCCCAGCUGCUACAGCGUGUGGACAGGAGCAUGCGAAAAUGGGCAGCAGUGGCAGCAGUGGCAGCAGGCUUCGUGCGAGAAUGCGUCAUCAGCUACAGUACUAGAAGCAGCCAGACGUAACCAGCUAGAGUACGAGAGGCAGUCCGUACUGGUGGCCUCGGUGCAGCCAGACGUCAUCAGCUACAGUACUGGGGCCAGAUCGGGCGAGAACGGGCAGAAGUGGCAGCGGGCUUCGAACGGAUGGCGACAUGAGCUACAGUACUAGAAGCAGCCAGACGUAAUCAGCUAGAGCGCGAGAGGCAGUCCGCAAUGGAGGCCCCGGAGCAACCAGAUGUCAUCAACUACAGUACUGGGGCCAGAUCGUGCUAGAAUGGGCAGCAGUGGCAGCUGGCUUCGUGCGAGAAGGCGUCAUCAGCUACAGUACUAGAAGCAGCCAGACGUAAUCAGCUAGAGCGCGAGAGGCAGCCCGUAGUGAAGGCCUCGGUGCAGCCGGGCGCCAUCAGCUACAAUACUGGGGUCAGAUCGCACGAGAACGGGCAGCAGUGGCAGCAGGCUUCGUGCGAGAAGGCGUCAUCAGCUACAGUUCUUGAAGUAGCCCGUGAGGCCAUGAUGCAGCCUGACGUCAUCAGCCACGCAACUGGGGCCUGCUCGUGCGAGAACGAACAGCAGUGGCAGCGGGCUGCGUGCGAGAAAGCGUCACCAGCCGCCGUGCGAGAGACAAACGGGCGCGAUCAGCUACAGAGCGGAAGGCAGCCAGCAUUGGCCUGGACACAGCCAAACGCCAUCAGCCACAGUACUGGGGCUAGACCGCGCGAGAACGGACGGCAGUGGCAGCAAGCAGCCUCUGCGCGGGCAGCAGUUGAAUGUGGAGGCCUUAGCCGCAGAGUCAGAAGCCGCCAGGCGUCAUCAGCUGCAGCGACAGAAGCAUGUAUAAGUGCAGGAUUCAUUGCAGCCAGACGUCAUCAGCUACAGCAUUGGGGCCGGCUCAUGCGAGAACAAACAGCUGUGGCAGCAUGCCGCGUAUGAGGUAGCGUCAUCAGCUACCGUGCGAGAGGCAGCCUUGCGUCAUCAGCUACAGCGUGAGAAGCAGCCAUCAGUGCCCCCGACACAACCAGACGCCAUUAGCUACAGUGCUGGGGCCAGGACGUGCGCGAACGCACGGCAGUGGCUGCAAAUUUUGCGCGAGAAGACGGUAACAGCCUCGGAGCAGGGUACAGUCAGACGUCAUCAGCUGCAGCGCGAGAAGCAGCCAGAAGAGGAGGCCUCAUUGCAGUCAGACGUCAUCAGCUACAGUACUGGGGCCUGCCCUUGCGAGAACGGAUGGCAGUGGCAGCGGGCUUCGCGCGAGGAGGCGUCGUCAGUUACAGGGCGAGAAGUACCAAAACGUCAUCAGCCACACAAGGAAGCCGUUGAUGAGUAUGGUAUUCUCGCCGAUGUUAUGGACGUCUUCCGUCAACAUUGUGUCAGCCAGGCUCAAUGUUUGAAAUGCGAGACCACUGUAUCUUUCGAGCUGCUACUUCGGCAUUGCUUGGCUUGUCGCCAGAUCCAUUGCGAGGGCCAUGACUUGGCCACCAUGCUACACAGCAUGUGCCAGACCUUUGUUGACCAAAUCUCCAUGCUCGGUUUCGUGAAACUCGUGCAUUUGGGCGGCACCUGGACGAUCAUGGUCGAGUGGCGCGACCCAGAGGCCAGAAGGACUCCAAGUUAGCUCGGCAGGUGGCAGCGCCUGCGCGGGACCGACGAGGUGUGAGGGGAGGCCGCCUAGCUGGACAUUGCUUGUGCUGGAUUCGGCUCGUUUUGCUCCCCCAUUGCCCUCGUCGCCCUGCCGGGUGCGGCUCGUUUCACGUCUGGCCCUUGCGGGGCCCGGCGGCGGGUGCCCUCGGGUCCUCGUCGCCUUGCACUGUUUCCCCCUUCGGAGAGGCUGCUUGAACCAAUAGCCUACAGUUCGAGAGAGAGAGAGAGAGAGA